GGGCACACACUAGCCAAACCGAAAUUAAAAUACCUGUAACCUGUUACUGUCCGUUAAGAUCCACCCCAUAAAACGAGUCAAGAAUCAGCCUAACCGAGUCACUGAUUCCAGAUCAGAAAUGGGCGUGGAAGCGUUGAGUGCAUACAGAGCGGUUCUCCGAGCGAUUCGUAAAUCGUUCCGAGGUGACGAUUUGAUGCUGAGGGAAUCAGCGAAAGAGGUUCGCAAAAAAUUCGAAGAGAGCCGUUUUGUUAACUCGCCGCCGGAGAUUCAGAGACUUCUAGACGAAGCUCGCGAAGCUGCCGACUUUAUCGCCAACAUGAUUGUACAAGCCAAGCCCAAUGAUCGUGGCACCUAUGAAGUGAAACCGAGCACUGAGCAUGCAGGGGCUACUCUUGAAGUUGUUUCUGAAGAGCUCCUUAACAAGUCUGUAUGAUGUAGAAGAUCUAAAAAUAAUAAUGCUGGAGGUUGUUGCCCUACCCAGAGAAUGAAGAAAAUUUUGCGGGGUUCUUUUCUCUUUGCAUUUGAGAUUUAUCUUUUCCACAUUGUGGAAUUUAUGUUGCCUCAAAGUGGUGUUUCCAAUAGAAUUUAAUUUUAUUAGUGUUAAAAUCAUGUAUACUCGGUUAUCCUCAAUGAGUUGUAUUUGAAUUAGCAUCCUGUGUGCUAAGUUUGCUCCAUCAA